UAUUCGUAGGUAAAGCUCUAAAGCAUGACGAGGUUGGCGGUAGCUAGCCCAUCUUCUCUGUUAUAUUUUCUUCGCCAUCUCUUCUGGGACACGUUUCCUCUGAAAAAUUAAGGUCGUCAAACCUCAAACCUGCGAUUCCCUCGUCCUUUUCCCCUCUGUUCUAUAUAACCAUACUCCGUUAUAUAUAUAUUUCGUUUGCACGUAUCCCAUAUAUCUCCCCCAUGAAUGCGUUUACUUGAGACAAUUUCUCAAUCUGCGCAUACGUAUCGCAAUCUCUCCCUGCCUUUUUUCCAUAUCUCUCUCCAGUUAUUUUCCACCCGACUGCUUAAAAAACUGCGGUAAACAAGGGGGCAGGAUGCUCAAUUUCUGCGAGUCGUUUGCUUGAUGGACUGUAUUCUGGCCUGUAGCAGUAGAGUUACUUUGAAGAACUGGUUUUUUCACUUAUACAAGGAAGGAAACUUUGCAUCGUCUAAAAGACUUGUUGAAGCGAAGUAAUUUUGUAGUUGCAUAUCUAUCGAUAGUUCUGGACAUAAUGGACCUAAAUUCGAACCAUAAAUCCCCUGUUAUUGCUGAUGCUGCUCCCGUGAACAAUUCAAGGAUAGGCAUUGCGUCUCUUCUGCCUUACUCUCCUGCCGGUACAACUUUCUCUCAUAAGCUGUUCCUUACAAUCCCGAGGAUGAAGCCCAUAAUACUCGAUGACUUACAGUCGAACACUUGGUUAGAUGUGAUGAAAUCGUCCUCUCCCACUCACAAGAAUAGAAGUAAAGAUUUCAGUAUCGACCACAUAUCAAACGAGAAUGAUGUUCUCUAUUACAAUUGGACACUCAGAUAUCCAUCGGCACUUGCAUCCUUUGAGCAAAUCACAAACUAUGCAAAAGGAAAGAGGAUAGCAUUAUUUUUGGAUUAUGAUGGGACCUUAUCGCCAAUCGUUGACAAUCCCGAUUGUGCCUUCAUGUCAAACGCUAUGAGAGCUGCUGUAAAAAACGUUGCAAAAUAUUUUCCAACAGCAAUUAUUAGUGGGAGAAGUCGUGAUAAGGUAUACGAGUUUGUAGGACUAACCGAACUUUAUUAUGCUGGUAGUCACGGUAUGGAUAUUAUGGGACCUGUGCAUCCAGUUACAAGUGACUAUAAAUGCAUUAGUUCCACUGACAAGCAGGGUAAGGAAGUUGCUCUUUUCCAGCCUGCCAUAGAAUUUUUACCAAUGAUUGACGAGGUUUUUAGAUUGCUUGUCGAGAUUACCAGAGACAUUGCUGGGGCGAACGUUGAAAACAAUAAGUUCUGUGUUUCGGUACACUAUAGAAACGUAGAGGAGCAGAGUUGGGAAACAAUCGGGGAAUCUGUGAACCAGUUAUUGAAACACUACCCUCGUUUGCGAUUGACACAUGGUCGCAAGGUUUUAGAAAUUCGGCCUGUGCUCGAUUGGGACAAGGGGAAAGCUGUCGAGUUCUUACUUGAAUCACUUGGGCUAAAAGAUUGCGAUGAUGUCCUCCCUAUAUACAUUGGAGAUGAUCGAACAGAUGAAGAUGCGUUUAAGUUCUUGAGAGUUGGAAAUCGAGGGUAUGGCAUCCUGGUUUCUUCCACGCCCAAGGAGAGCAACGCAACAUACUCUCUUCGGGAUCCAUCAGAGGUCAUGGAAUUUCUGAAGUUGCUGGUGACGUGGAAGAAGUGAACCGAAGUUUAGCGCUCACUACAAAUGAUGACAGUAAUGGAAGACUAAACGUAGUAAUGAAUGAUGAUAUUAGAAUUUUUGCUCUAAAGAAAUCUUUUCUAAUCAAAAUUGUAAAGUGUUACUAAGGAACAGGAGCUGAGGUGCUUUAAGGAAAGUGUUUUAGUUAGUUGAUUCUUCCUAAUGUCUAUAGCUUUUCUUUGUUUUGUUACUGUUGCACCAAGGAUGCCCUUUUCCUCUGUAUUCUGAUCUCCCAAAGUAGGAAACUAGGAAUAUCACUAUUGCUUUUCAAUUCACUAAUGACUUUAUAUAUAUAUACUCUUACUUACUUCCACUUAA